ACACACACACACACACACACACACACACACACACACACACACACACACACAGAGAGAGUCAGAAAACGGUCACACAAGACCAAUACUAUAGAAACUAUUGUACAUUGAGUAACCAUUCUAUUUAUGCGCUAAAUUUCCUUCCAUUUGUCUAGAGCAGGGAAAAAUGUUUUGUAUUCGCACGUACAGAAUUACGUAUACACAUAUAUAUAUCCAUUAAUUUAUACAUACUUAGAUCCUAUCAUAACAGAUCACUGACAUAAAUGUUUAACAAAUGCAUGAACUGAAGUCUACCGUUAAGGUUUGAGCCGAACACUUCGGAUUUGGAAAUGUGUAUAUUAUUAUUAUUAUUAUGACAUUAUUUUGUAUUCAGCCUAAAUGAUAUUGAAGAAAGCUUAUAAAAUUAUUUUGUGGGAAAAGUGAGGCUGUGGCUUUUCUGCAGUGUUUUGUGGUCGGAUGAGUGGCAGGGCUGUUCACUUACUCAUGGUGGUUCCUCGGCAAAUUAAGUCAUUUUUGAUGUGAUGCGCCACGAUGUUUCCCCGCCAUUCGCCCCCAAUGCACUGGGCCCCCAGGAGUUAUGUAGCUCCUUCUGCCGAAGCGCACAGCCAGAGGGGCACUCCGCCCUUGUCCUCCGGACAGGAGAGCCAGUGGUUUACACCUAGCAGCCUUCCCGUCCAGUCGUAUCAACAGUUUCAUGGGAGGCACCAGGUACCUCCACGUCCCACGGGGUACCCAGUGGCGCGCGUUUUGCCUGGUACUCCAACGCCGAUAGAUCCUCGGAAGAAAGUUGUGCUAGGGAGACAUGCUGUGCCACAAGUAUCAGACGAAAACAAUUCUGACGUCCUUUUCCUCGGAUGUAAACGGAACCUGUCUCGUCAGGUCCGCCAAACUGCAAGUACAAGUAUACAACCUCGCACUGGAAAUGAAGUACAAGAAAUCAGGCAAUUUAUGGGAGUAAUGCAACAGCAUACACACAAUAUGCAAGUUCCGCAUUGUUCCCAGACAGAGCGACCAACUUACCAAAGCCAAAAUUGCGGGUACUCUAUUGAAAGGAGAGACAAUAUCUUGCAGUCUCAGAAUCAACCGAGUUCUGUAGUUAAUCCUCAACACAACCCUGGCCUUCCUUGGCAUCAGUCCCCUGAGAGUUCUCAAAGUGAUAUGAAUCAACUUAGAGCCAAAGCCUCAAGUGCCUCCUUAGAAAGUAGUUGCAUCAGAAUGCCUCUGGAAAGCUCUAGUUUUCCAUUCAAAAUUCCAAUUCAAAGAGACCACAUAACCGUUUACAGUAGCACAAGAAGUCUACACAAUUCUGGAUCAAAUGUCAUAGAAUCAGCCUCACGUGUAAAUUUAAUAACAAAUUCUGAAAUUAUAACCUCACCAGACAACAACAUGCAGUUGUGGAGUGUACCAAGUCCUGUAAGUGUUCAUCCUACUCAUCUGAACAGUAACUCUAAUCAGCAACUUUCAGGGAUUACUCAACAAGAUGCUCAUGAGUCUAGUUGGCCAGUAACUGAUUUACUAACUGCCCCAAAUGAUAAAGCUCAUUUUAAACCUCAGACUUGGUCCUCUGAAGCCCAAACCAUAGGAGAUCCGAGUUCUGAAAUUAUAACCUCACCAGACAACAACAUGCAGUUGUGGAGUGUACCAAGUCCUGUAAGUGUUCAUCCUACUCAUCUGAACAGUAACUCUAAUCAGCAACUUUCAGGGAUUACUCAACAAGAUGCUCAUGAGUCUAGUUGGCCAGUAACUGAUUUACUAACUGCCCCAAAUGAUAAAGCUCAUUUUAAACCUCAGACUUGGUCCUCUGAAGCCCAAACCAUAGGAGAUCCGAGUUCUGAAAUUAUAACCUCACCAGACAACAACAUGCAGUUGUGGAGUGUACCAAGUGCUGUAAGUGUUCAUCCUACUCAUCUGAACAGUAACUCUAAUCAGCAACUUUCAGGGAUUACUCAACAAGAUGCUCAUGAGUCUAGUUGGCCAGUAACUGAUUUACUAACUGUCCCAAAUGAUAAAGCUCAUUUUAAACCUCAGACUUGGUCCUCUGAAGCCCAAACCAUAGGAGAUCCGACGGUUUCUUCUACAAUUAAAAGCCCUGUUUUGAAUCAGCAUGAAGAAUCUCUACUAACCACCAGCAAUGAAAAAACUGACACAACAGAAAAUGCUGUUGAUGCGAGAAAAAACAGUGAUGUACCAAACGUCAACUUGUUGAAACCUCGAAAGCGAAUGUUUUCCAGGAAAGGGAAAUGCCUGUCUGGCCUCUUUCGAAAGGCCCAUCAAGGUUUUCCACAGGUCUCCUUUGAUUAUGAAAUAUAUUGCUUUUUGUGUGGCAGAAUGGCAGCAGGGAACAACGUGUAUGAGCACAUGUUUUUCGGGAAUCUGAAAUGCAUAGAAUGUGCUCAUAUAGUUAGGUCAUGUGAAGACUUUAAAAUUGUCAGACACAGCAAUGUGGAGUGUGGUGUCAGGAAAGGAAAACACAGACUUGCCUCAUGGGCUGAUUGUCCUGUGGAAUUCUUCAUGUAUAGUGUGAAACAAUCCUUAGUACCAAAUAGACUGGAAGACUGUAGCCCUCUGUCAACUUCUGAUGUUACAACAGAAUUGAGGAAAUACAUGAAGAAGCUAUCACUACUUCGAUUUUACAAGCCAUGGAGAUCUGCCUUCAGGAGAUGCUCAGAAUAUGUAAAAAGUAUGAAUAGGACAGAGAUAGACAGUGUUCUUCCAGAAGAUACACAGAAAGUAAUUAAUAGAGAAGUGGUGGAUAGCAUUAUUCCAGGGGAUACAGAGGAAGAAAUCAUGAAGGAAAAGGUUAACAGUGAUGCGCAGGAAGAAAUUAAUAUGAAAAAUGUUAGAUGCCUUUUCCCAGGGGAGACACAAGCAGAAAUUAAUAAAGAGAUAAACAGUGAUAUGCAAAAGGACACGCACAAGGAAAUGAGUAGACAAGAGAUAAGCAGGGACAUGGGUAGAAUCACAUUUUAUGAUCUCAUCAGUAGUCAGAGUGAAAGACAAGAGGAACCACAAAUGGAAGGAAUAAGCAUUAAUGAAGCACUAGAACCAUAUCAGGAAAACUCUCUGACACCGGCCAACAACACAGUAAUUGUUCAUCCAUCAACAAGUGCUAGAGUAAUUACCGGUGCCAAGCAAGAUGCACGAGAGAGUACUUCCAAUCUCCAAAUGUUCGAAAACGUUUUGCAGGACGGUGAUAAAGAUGCUCACGAUAACGAUACCUCGCAAGUCUCCAGUGACCAAUUUGAAAAUGGUGAUACCACUGGUACUUACAUUCAGGAUCUAAUAACAGAUACACAGCAACAAUCCACCUUAUGGGAACCUGAUGGUGACGACACCCAUGCAAGCUUGGUUGAGGAAACUGAAACCCGCAAAAGCUUUCAUGAUGAAAGAAAAUCAGAAAAUCAGUUAUAUGAAAGAAGUUUUGAACUUUCAGAAAGACUUUCAAGUAGUUCCCUAGAGCCAGAGGAUAACCAAGUGAUAUAUUACUAUCCUAGUGAAACUCCCCCUGAGGAGUGUCCUAUGUGUUACUACACUCUUUGUGCCACAAUGUUUACUCUGAACACAACCAACUUCAGAGUGUCCACUGAAUGUCCUGAUUGCAGUUUGAAAAUUUGCAUUGUACUCAAAGAUUCUGUGAGUUAAAAACCAAAACAAAAAGGUUCAAAUGUAGUCUGUGAUUUAUUUUCAAAUAGCGUUAUAGACUAAGGAUUUCUUACAAACACAUCUGUGAUAAAUUUGUAAUAUAUUUUUGCAUUGCAAUAUUUAGAAGAGGCUACUAAUUUGCUCUUUUCUUUAUGAUGAAUAACAUAAGUAUAAAUAAAAAGUUAUGAACAU